GAGAUGGGCGCUCCGAUCAGCCGCAGCAUGUGCUGCAGCAUCCGCGAGAAGGAUGGCCAAAGCCAUGGGCUCUCUCCGGAUGCGCCCGAGUUCAGCCAGGCGGAGGCCGAGAUUACACUGGCUGAGCCGCGAUUUAUUGCGUUUUCACCACCCUGGGCAACUGGCACACGGCGUUUGGCCGUGGCGAGCUCGCGUCAGGUCCACGUUUAUGGGAUGCUGCACUCUGGCACCGCAAAGCCCGGAGCCAUGAUGUCUGCGCCGCCACUAAUCCACGAGCUUACCCUGGAAUUUAAG